UAGGUUGAGACUGCACAGCCUUUCCACGUCAGUGUGUUUACCAAAACCAGAUUGACAGCUCAGGAAGGUGUUCAAUGUGUUCACUUAUGGGGCAUUUUAUUGAAUAGUGAACACGUAAGUGGAGUUUUGAAAUAUUACGUUAGUACGCAGUUGAAUGUCCGACAUUUUUAGUUUGUACUUUUGUAGUGAAUUUAACUUUGGUCAUCUUCAUUAACUGUCGGCCGGCUAGCUUGCCUCACUAGGUUAGCAUUAGCUACAGCAGGACUCCAUCGUUGGAAUAGCUGCCACACACAGAAAAGCAGCAUGGUGGACAAGAACAUCUACAUCGUCCAGGGAGAAAUUGGCACAGUUGUUGGAGCUAUCAAGAGAAACUCCAGAUGGAAUACGCACACGCCACUGGAUGAAGAACAGGACCCAUUACUGAACAGCUUUGGCCACCUCAAAGAAAUCCUCAACAAUAUCAAAGAACUCUGUGAUGUGGAGCCAAACGUUUUUCUAAGGCCAUUCCUCGAGGUGGUCCGCUCCGAGGACACCACAGGACCAAUCACAGGCCUUGCCCUCACAUCUGUCAACAAGUUCCUUUGCUAUGGCCUUAUAGACGCUAACCAUGAAGCAGCAGCAGAAGCCAUUGAGAACAUGGCAGACGCAGUCACACACGCUAGAUUUGUGGGAACGGACCCUGCCAGCGAUGAAGUGGUUCUCAUGAAGAUUCUGCAGGUCUUGAGGACUCUGCUGCUCACCCCCGUUGGAGCCCAUCUGACCAACGAGUCGGUUUGUGAGAUCAUGCAGUCCUGCUUCAGGAUCUGCUUUGAGAUGCGCCUAAGUGAGCUCCUGAGGAAAUCGGCUGAACAUACACUGGUAGAUAUGGUGCAGCUGCUGUUCUCCAGACUUCCACAGUUCAAAGAGGAGGCCAAGUGUUUUGUGGGUGCGAGCAUGAAGAAGUUGAAGAUGCGUGCUGGAGGGAUGAGUGAGUCAUCCAAAUGGAAGAAACAGAAACGCUCGCCCAGGGCGCCUUGCCACAUGGUCCGAAGUCUUUCUGGUCAGAUGGAUUCAACCCAGUCCAGCACCCUCAGUAGUAACAACCUUUCAGGUGUUGUCCCUUUCAUUGAGCAAGGCCUGUCCAGCUCGGGGCAUCCAGCUUCAGACAGUGGUGCUUCACCCGUUUCCAGCCCCACAACCACAGACAGUGGCCUGGACACCUGUUCCAAAGCCACCUCCAGGGAAGACCUUUCUGAUCUGGAACAGUGCAACUCAUCUGCCACCACCCCUUUCACCGCUGCUACACUUCCUGAACCUGGCUGUCCGGAUUCACAGUCUGAGGACAGGCAAGUUGAACAUUCUCAGUCGGCAUCAGUGGAGUCCAUUCCUGAGGUUCUGGAAGACAAAGACUCCGUUACAGAGCAAUCAGACAGCACCUCUAUCCAUGACGUGGACUAUGUCAAUCCCAGAGGAGUGCGUUUCACACAGUCCACUCAAAGAGAUGGAGCGUCCAUCAUCCCUUAUGGCCUGCCAUGCCUAAGGGAGCUUUUUCGCUUCCUGAUUUCCCUGACCAACCCACAUGACCGCCACAACACUGAUGCUAUGAUGCACAUGGGCCUGCAGCUGCUGACUGUAGCUCUUGAGUCAGCACACAUCACAAACUACCAGUCUUUACUUGGACUGGUCAAAGAUGAGCUGUGCCGACAUCUCUUCCAGUUGCUGGGUGCAGACCGUUUAAACCUGUAUGCUUCCUCCAUACGAGUUUGUUUCUUGCUUUUUGAAAGCAUGAGAGUACAUCUUAAGUUUCAACUUGAGAUGUACCUAAAGAAAUUAAUGGACAUCAUCACGUCAGAGAACAUUAAAAUGCCCUAUGAGAUGAAAGAGAUGGCUUUGGAGGCGCUGGUCCAGCUGUGGAGGAUUCCCAGCUUCGUAACGGAGCUGUACAUCAACUAUGACUGUGACUUCUACUUCUCCAAUCUGUUUGAGGACCUGACAAAGCUGCUGUCCAAGAAUGCGUUCCCAGUGUCGGGGCAGCUCUACACCACCCACCUCCUGUCACUGGAGGCUCUGCUCACAGUCAUUGACAGCACUGAAGCCCACUGCCAGCUCAAGGUGCUCAAUAGUACUGCUCAACAAGACCAGUCAGAAACACUGCUGGAAGAUGGAGACACUUCCACCAUCAAUGGAACAGACACUAUGGCUGAUCUUAAUAGACUGGGCAGUACUGAUAAUAUGAGUCUUCUACCAGCUGAGAAUUCAUCAGUGUGUCAACCAACUAGUGGACAUCUCAUGGCAGAGAAGAUGAGACUGGGUAGACAGGAUCAAGGCGAUGAAAACUCUGCUGAGAAGAGACCUCCAAAAAAGCCUCAACGUUUCUCGUCAUGUUUACCCAAUUCCCAAGAGUUGUUGGACAUUAGAACGAAGAAAAAGCUCCUGAUCACUGGCACAGAGCAGUUUAACCAGAAGCCCAAGAAGGGUAUCCAGUUUCUGCAGGAGAAAGGUCUGCUCAGCAGUCCUUUGGACAACAACCAGGUGGCCCAGUGGCUUAGAGAAAACCCUCGACUUGACAAAAAGAUGAUCGGCGAGUAUGUCAGUGAUCGCAAGAACAUGGAACUCCUGGACAGCUUCGUCAACACGUUCACUUUCCAGGGGCUUCGCAUCGAUGAGGCUCUGCGGCUCUACCUAGAAGCCUUUAGACUCCCUGGAGAGGCUCCUGUCAUCCAGAGACUCCUGGAAACAUUCACAGACAACUGGCAUAAAGUAAACGGCUCCCCCUUCGUGACCAAUGAUGCAGGCUUUGCCUUGGCCUACGCUGUUAUAAUGCUGAACACUGACCAGCAUAACCACAAUGUCCGCAAGCAGAAUAUUCCCAUGACUAUAGAGCAAUUCAAGAAAAAUCUGAAAGGUGUAAAUGGAAAUAAAGACUUUGACCAGGACAUGUUGGAGGAUCUCUACAAUGCUAUCAAGAAUGAGGAGAUUGUGAUGCCAGAUGAGCAGUCGGGCAUAGUCAAGGAGAACUAUGUAUGGAGUGUGCUUCUUCACCGCGGUGCCACACCAGAAGGGGUUUUCCUCCACUUGCCACCUGGGAGCUACGACCAUGACUUGUUCACCAUGACCUGGGGUCCCACCAUCGCCGCCCUCUCCUACGUCUUUGACAAGAGCCUAGACGAGAAUAUCAUCCAGAAGGCCAUCACUGGCUUCAGGAAGUGUGCCAUGAUUGCAGCUCACUAUGGCUUCAGUGAUGUUUUUGACAAUUUGAUCAUCUCCCUCUGCAAGUUCACCACUCUAAGUAGUGAGUCUGUGGAAAACCUUCCUACAGUGUUUGGCAGCAAUAACAAAGCACAGACAGCAGCCAAAACUGUGUUUGACCUUGCCCAUCGGCACGGCGACAUCCUGAGGGAGGGCUGGAAGAACAUCAUGGACUCCAUGCUACAGCUGUUCAGAUCCGAGCUCCUGCCCAAAGCCAUGGUAGAGGUGGAGGAUUUUGUGGAGCCCAGUGGAAAGAUAUCUCUUCAAAGAGAAGAAACGCCUUCUAACCGCGGUGAGUCGGCGGUGUUGAGUUUUGUUAACUGGUUUACAUUGAGUGGAGCCGAGCAGUCAGGACUCAGAGGACCGUCCACGGAAAACCAGGAGGCCAAGCAGGCAGCCAUCCUCUGCAUAAAGCAAUGUGACCCAGAGAAGCUGAUCACAGAGAGUAAAUUUCUUCAGCUGGAGUCUCUACAGGAGUUAAUGAAGGCUCUGAUAUCAGUCACACCAGAUGAAGAUACUUAUGAUGAGGAAGAUGCUGCCUUCUGCUUGGAGAUGUUGCUGCGUAUUAUUCUGGAGAACCGAGACCGUGUGUCCUGUGUGUGGCAAACGGUGCGAGACCAUCUCUGCCAUCUUUGUGUGUACCCCAAUGAGAGCUGCUUCCUGGUGGAGAGGGCUGUGGUGGGACUCCUUAGGCUGGCAAUCCGCCUGCUACGGCGAGAAGACAUCAGCUCUCAGGUUCUCCUUUCGCUGCGACUGCUGCUAAUGAUGAAACCUCCUGUGUUGUCCCGGGUCAGUAGGGAGGUGGCCUUUGGCCUCCAUGAGCUGCUGAAGACUAAUGCAGCCAACAUUCACAGUACAAACGACUGGUUCACACUUUUCUCCCUGCUGGAGUGCAUUGGGGCUGGAGUGAAACCUCCUGCCUCCUUCCAACUCUCGUCCCCCACUACUGACAAUGACACAGGAGCCCAGUCAGACAGUGAGCUACCCUCCCAUCAUGUUAGUGAAGUGAGUUUAGACCGAGGCUACACGUCUGACUCAGGGAUCUACACCGAGCAUAGCAAGACCAGGAUCCCUCGCUCCACAACAGAUGUGGAUGUAGCAAGCAGUGGUUGGCUUGUGGUUGGGAAAGACGACCUGGAGAUGAGUAAGACCACUCAAGUAAACUCUAAAGCCCAGUUGAAUCACCCACUGGUCAACCAGUAUAGUCUGACAUUGGGUCAGGACUUGGGCCAGCACGAUACCAAGUCUCUCAUUAAGUGUGUAGAGACACUCUCGUUUAUCGUCCGGGACGCUGCCCACGUCACCCCUGACAACUUUGAGCUGUGUGUCCGAGCCAUACGAGUGUUUGUGGAGGCCAGCCUCAAUGGAGGUUAUCGCAACCACGACAAGAAGAAGAGCCACAAGUACGACUCUUCUAAGUCUCGGAUAAGAAGGAAGGCAGGGGGAAGGGAUAAAGAAGGAGGAGGGGGAACGCGGCGAGGUGGUAGCAGGGCGUCCAAUCAGCGUCCAUCCCGUUCUCACAGCGACGAUGAGGAGGAUGAGGGCGUCCCGGCCAGCUACCACACAGUGGCAUUACAGGUUAGUCAGGAUCUGUUGGACCUGAUGCACACUCUGCACACUCGGGCUGCCAGCAUCUAUAGCUCCUGGGCAGAGGAGCAGAGUCACCUAGAGGCUGCCGGGAGGAAGAUUGAGGCCGAUUCCCAGACUCUGUGGACCAGCUGCUGGUGUCCUCUGCUACAAGGCAUAGCUUGGCUGUGCUGUGAUGCCAGACGUCAAGUCCGUAUGCAGGCCCUCACCUACCUCCAGAGGGCGCUGCUGGUCCAUGAUCUGCAGACACUGGAUGCCACUGAGUGGGAGUCUUGUUUCAACAAGGUGCUUUUCCCACUGCUGACGAAGCUGCUUGACAAUAUAAGCCCAGCUGAUGUCGGCGGUAUGGAGGAGACCAGAAUGAGAGCCUGCACCCUCCUGUCAAAGGUCUUCCUCCAGCACCUGUCUCCUCUGCUGUCCCUGCCUACCUUUGCUGCCCUGUGGCUCACAAUUCUUGAUUUCAUGGACAAGUACAUGCAUGCAGGUUCCAGUGACUUGUUGUUGGAAGCCAUCCCUGAGUCCCUGAAGAACAUGCUGCUGGUGAUGGACACAGCGGGGAUCUUCCAUAGUGCUGACUCCAGGACCGGAUACUCAGACCUGUGGGAGAUAACCUGGGAACGGAUAGUGUGCUUCCUGCCUCACCUUCGGGAGGAGCUUUUCAAACAGACUGUCAUACCAGAGCCAAUACCCAGUCCUCCAGCAGAGCCUGUGCAGCCGACCACCUCGGAAGGUCGGCCUUUAUCCCCUCAGGGAUCUUUGCCACUUGCUCAGCCAACCUCAGUUAACCCUGCAGAGACACGGCCCCAGAGCCGGCCCGCUUCACCCCAGCAACCCCAACCAGACGCAGCCCACGGAUCUGAUCGCUCGUCUCCGGUGCCACCCUCGAUUCCCUCUGUGCCAUUUACAACGUCCCCUCUUGAGGCUCCCUCACCUUUGAGCCAGUCCCCCCUCAUCCUGCAGCCCCUUGCAUCCCCCCUGCAGGUGGGAGUCCCCCCCAUGUCGCUGCCAAUCAUCCUGAACCCCGCCCUCAUUGAGGCCACGUCCCCUGUACCACUGCUUCCAGGUCCCAGGCCUACAAGCCCAUCUGACGAGGUCAAGUAAAAGAGCCGUUUGUGUGUGUGUGGGGGGGGGGCUCCUACCUACACACACACAUAUAUAUAUACACACACACACACACAUAUAUAUAUAUAUACACACACACACACACACACACACAACCCUGGCCCCCAGCUCUGUCCAGACCAGUCCCCUUCUUGAUUCCACUGACUUCAACUACAGCUUCACAAGCUUGUCACAAAGUUCUGUAAAUUAUGUAAUAUGUUUGAGAAGACAAAAUAGAUGUGCCACCUCAAUUAUACCACUUUUCAUUCAAAGGAGAAAAACAUGUGACAUUGUUCGGUGCAAACUGGAUGUCCAGAUAUCCACAAAUGCAGGAUCGAAUGAUACAAUCAAAGGUAUUAGAAGUAAAAAUCUUAUUGAAGUUGACUAACCUCUAGAUAAGAACCAAUGGUGACCAUUUUAUUGGCUGAUUCCAGUCUUUUAAACUCAAUGCAUCAUAUAUAUUUUAGACCAAUAGAGUAGAAGCAAAAUUCAGAUUUUGUAGUAUGUAAGGCAGUGAAAAGAACUGGGGAACCGGGGCUACAAAUGAGUCAGGCAGCCCAUGGAUCUACAUGUGAGAGAAGAGUGUAUUUUGAUAGUGAUGAAGGACCAUCCAGAGCAGCAGUCUGGUUGGAGAAGGAACUGAUAGAUAUAAACUACCAUGGUCUCAUACUUCUACAGGUCUGUUCAGGCUCCAGCCUUGGUGUCUCCUAAAGACAGUGUGUGAAGAUCAUGUGUGAAUAUUCCUCAUGUGAUUACCAACAGGUUAAUGUAUUUAGAAUAUGUUAGUCAGAUGUGUGACAUGAUGUGUGUAUAAGUGUGUUAUAAAUGACUUGUGUAAAACUGGAGUUUAGUCUAGCACUAGCAGCAGGUUUCACACCUGUGCUUCAGAUGAAUCUAGACAUUGCAUGCAGGGGCAGUGGGUAUGUUAUUAGGAUUGAAGUCACUGCACAUUGUUGAUAAAAUAAGAUUCCAAGAGCCGGUGUUAACAGAGCCGUUGCAUCAGUGUCUGAUUGAAAAUGGUACAGAAAAUAAUUUAUUUAUUGACCAUCACUUUGUGACAGAGACGGUGGCCUGCUCUAUUCUGCAUGAUCUCUUUGUCCCCAACAACAAGCUUUGAUUCCUGGCCCCUGGUGAGUUCAUAUCCCACUGAACACAGAGGCCCUGUGUGCACAUGACGCCCCUCACAUGGGCCACACAUGUCACAGCUGCAGCAUUCCAAAAGAUAGUUCAGUAGCCAGUGUUGAAGUAAUUUGCACAUGUUAAUAGUCCUUUCAUGAUGAAUCCCUGUGGCCUAAAACAACACUCAUCGUAUUAGACUUCUUGGCUGAUGAUAGCAGGGACUUAACCCCUUCACUUUAGAUGUCAUUAAUAAUAUGAAUAUUUACUGAAAUUAUUGCAUUGGAAUAGUUUUACUUUUAAAAUCAGCCAUCUCCAUUGACUUGAAUACUGGUUGUUUUCCACUGCUUUGGUUUCAGUUAAGUAAUUAGAAGUAUAGAUCUAUCUAUAGAUAGAUCUAUACUAUCUAUAGAUAGAUCUAUCGAUAUAUAUAUUAAUAUGCUAAAAAUGCUCAAGUGCUCUAAUUUCCGCAGUAUGUAUUCAGUGUUGUUUUGUCACACUGAGCGCUGCUGUUUGCUCCCAUUUGCUCUUGUUGGCUGACUGUGCCUUGUAUACAAUAACAGGGACCCUGACAAACUAAUGGAAGCUAAUUCACCCUUUUAAUGCCAAAUAUGACAAGUAGAGGAAGGUGUAGAUGUAGAGAGCUUAGCAACCCGCUCAGCACGGCCCUGGGAUCCUCUGUGGUGUCAAAUGCUAUUGCAUUGUGAAAGAAGAAAAUUACUUUUCACUGCAGCUGCUUACAGGACACUUCAGCCCUUCAGAGCCACCAAUGGGACACAUUUUCUAAGCUGUGUGUUUAUUUUGUGACUCAGCUGCUGAGUCCUGCAUGAACAGGAAGUUACAUGAUCAUGUAUGUGUGUGUGUGUGUGUGUGUGUGUUCAUUAUAUAUAUAUAUAUAUAUAUAUAUGAGAGAGAGAUUAAGGUUAUUGUACUUUUUAAUAUGUAAUAAAUAUAAUGUAAAGAAAGUUUGUGUUUUGAAAAUUUGUGCUUGAAGAGGUCCUGGGAGCAGCUAUGAACUGAUGAAGCCAGAAGGUCAUGUGUCAUAAACAAAGCUGUUUACUCCUCAGUGCACAGGGAUUGGAUGGUUUGUAAGUCCGUGUUCAUUUUGACAACUAUUUUGGAUUCAGUCUUUAAUCGAAAAUGUUUUAGUCAUUUUAAUCCUUAUUUUUAGUCAACGAAAACUUUGAAUAGCCAUUGUGCUGUCCUCGCUAAAAGUUGUUUGAAGAAAGCUAGUCAGCUUUACAUAAUUUCCAGCACCUCAUUCUUCAAGGAACAGAUGUUGUUUGGAAGGAUUUAAUGCAGGAAAACGUGUUUUAUUUUGUAAAAAUGAAAAGCGCACAAAAAAAAGUACAUUGAAAGUACAAGUUAUAUCUGUCAAACUAAUGGCUGACAUGGCCAACGGAAACUUCACGAUCCCUUAUUGUUUCCACUGUGAAAUUGCUUGUCCCAUCAAAAGAGACCCCUUUAACCUACAAUCUGUGCAAUACAUUAUUAUUUGGGGGGUUUAGCAAUGAGGUUGGUAGGGGUGAGAAGCCCUUUUGUUUGUUCAUGUUUUCUCCUGUUAGGUAGGGAGAUAGGUAAGACACUUUGGUUUGUUUCUUUGUGUGUUCUAAGAAAGGUAGGGGACCUGCACAGAGUGUUUGCUGUUUUGGGCCACGCCCACCCUGAAGAGUUCCUCGAACUGAAAUAAAUAACC